AUGCGAACAGGAAUCAAUUUUUCAACGUUGUCUACGGCCAAGAGUGCGAACAAGGUCACGGAUCAUGUUCGCGACAGGCUGCAGACCAGUCACAUCGGCCACAUCCGGCCUCUUCUCGACCGCGUGCAUGGGCUCCCGCUUUCCCUCUUCUCCGCGUGUGCGACAAUUGAACCCGGCCGUGACGGCCGGGACCACGGCCGUUGUGGGGGAUUUUUGGGCAUUGAUGCCUUGGGAGAGAACAUUCCGUGCCUACGUAUGUUACAGCGCACGUUACACUACACUUUGGGCGUCGUGCGGAGGGGGGCCUUCUCUCUGGCCCGGCCGUGGCGCACUGUGAAAGUUUCCGAGAGGCAGCCGUUGAAUCGAAUCCGAUUAUGUGAAUCCGGUCACAUGUGUGCCUAG